GCGUGCCACGUGACCAUCUCGAAAAACUGUGCAUCAACCGGGGUCAACUGGAGACUUGGAAUCUAAUCUUGUAUUUCUUUCUACGUGUAGCUACGCGGCUGUUUUUCUUUGUGUAUAGCUUGACGUACCCUAAUCCUAUUUUUCAUUGUGGGUAGCUUAACGUAUCCUCCAAGUUCUCAAAGGCGUGUCACAUCAUAUUGGAAAACUGUGCAUCAAGGAGACUUGGAAUCAACCCUGGACGUCAAUAUAACGAAAAGUCUACUCCGUUGCAUCUGAAUCAUCCAAACCCUGGACGCCAAGAGUGAAGGCAUUGUAAAAAUCGCCCAAUGUCAACCAACACAAACCCAGCACAAAUUAUUUCCAAAAAGAUGGAGAAAAGAGGAAAGGAAAAGGUUAUUACCGCCGACGUAUUGCCGGAAGACUGCAUCGCUACCAUAAUUUCCUUCACAUCGCCUCCCGAUGCGUGCAGGUAUUCGGUGCUCUCCCGGACCUUCAAAUCGGCUGUAGGCUGGGAUCUCGUGUGGGAGAGGUUUCUGCCACCGGAUUAUCAGCAGAUCAUUUCUCAAUCGGAGUCGUUGGUAUCAUCGCUUUUGAAUGUCCUGUCCAAGAAGGAUCUUUAUUUCCAUCUCUGCCGUAAUCCCGUCCUCAUCGGCAACGGUAACCUGAGCUUCGGAAUCGAUAAAUUAAGUGGGAAAAAGUGUUACAUGCUUGGAGCUAGGGAGUUACAUAUAGUCUGGUCAAACACUACGCAGUACUGGAAGUGGGUUUCUUCAGCUGAGUCUCCAGUUUUACCCCAGUCCAGAUUCUCUGAGGUGGCUCUUCUUCUAAAAGUGUGUUGGUUUGACAUACGAGGUAGAAUUGAGACUAAUAUCUUGUCCCCAAAUACAACAUAUGGGGCAUACUUCGUAUACACAAUUGCAGAUAGUUUCUAUGAACUUCACCACCCAGUGAGAGUGUCCGUUAGACUUGAAAAUGAGAAUGAAGGUAAUGCUACCCAUGCUUAUUUGCAACCAGAUACACCAGAAGGACAGGAUGGACGACUUCCACGCAGGAGAGAGGACAGGUGGCUUGAGAUUGAAAUUGGGGAAUUCUUCAAUGGCCAAGUUGAUAGCGUGGCAGACAUGCACUUGCUGGGGACUGAUGGCUAUAUCUGGAAGUCUGGCGUUGUGGUCCAUGGCCGCAUUGAGCUUCGGCCAAAAUAGGAAAGGAAAAUUCUGUAUUCAGUGCAAGGCCAACAUCUGCUGUAUUUGAAUAAAGGUAUUGUUGGUUUAUAAGAGGACAACAGUUUUUAAAAGAUGAAGUAAAGGUAUUGUAAUUAUGAACGUUUACAUUUUGUAUCAUGAUAUACAUUUGAGACCUUUAUUAUUUGUGUUCUUAUGAAUUCUUACUAGUUAA